UGGCGAGUCAGGGGUUAAUUAGUUUCUUUAUCGCGACAAAAACAUCGUUGUCUUUUUCUUCCUUAAUUGGAUCGUUUUUUUUUUAAUCGAAAACAGAGGUCUUCAAUUUUAUACAUAGAAUAAAAAGUGAUUAAAUAGAAGUUAUUUUCUUUGAAACGAAGAUGUAAUUGCAGUAGUAAUUAUCGUUCGGUUAGUUUUUAGUCACAAAAGCUACGAAUAUAUUUUCGCAUUUAUCAAGUAAUGGAUUUAUGGAGCGAACGAAUAAUCGCCGUGCACAAUCUUUCGCGACACACUUUCUCGCUCGAAUUCCUGGAAAAAAAAAUUGGUUAAUGCGUUUCGUGGUAGCUGAAAGAGAUACAAACGCGUGAUACUUAGCUACGAUAUCUCAGCGGGUCAUAUUCGUGCGACAGAGAAAAGUACUUAACGACAUAAGAGCAAAAUUCCUUGCGCGAUUUCUGUUUUUUUUUUUAUUAUCACUUUCGUCACUGAAUUCUCGACCUUCAAAAGUCGUGGAGGAUCUCUCUUUGCAACGACCAAUUCAAUUAUAAGCGCACGAGAGCGUGAUUAAAAAGGUGCACAUUUACCGAAAAAGAAGCAUACAUGUUUUACUUUGACGCGCACGUAUCUGCUUAAAAUUGUACGUGUUGGCGAAUCGUGCCAGUUUCGUGUCAGCACCUCUAAAACAUUCGUACAUAUAUGUAUAAUAUCGCGGCAAAUGCAGCGCAAUCCAGCAAUAGGAUCCAUUGUUCCGCCGGCACAAUAGGGCCAUUUCGAAGCCAAUCAAGCCUUCUGAAGAACAAUUAGUACUUUUGCGGCACAACAAGUCGUCUAAUUUGUAAGUUGCUGUACUUGCCACGAGACAAUCGACGUGUCGCGAAUCGAUUACCAUCAACGACCUAAUCUCGACUCUCUUUCAUCCGGCAAGUGCAGCUACUUCCGAUUACGUGAUCAGACGUUCACGCUCGCGGGUAUUUCGUAUGCUUUUGUUAUCUGAUGUGGCUAAGUUGUCCGCGAUCGAUGCCAUUUUAAUUUUAUCGCGGGAAUGGCGAUAUAUCGCGAGGCGGAUACAAGGCGUAGGAGAUAAUUAGCUUUGGAAUUUAACGGAAUAAUGGAAAAUGUGUGGAGAGGGGAAAUAGAGGGGUCAGUUUCGAAUAAAGAGUCAGCUGGUGUAAAUAACAUUUAAUGUCUGUAUAUUUUGCACUUUCGACUCACUUACAAUUGAUUGAUUCUUAGUCGGUCGUGCGUAGUUGUUUCUACACGCACGAGCCACUCGCGAUCGAGCAACGAGAUCGUACAACGAUUUCAAACAGUUAUCUCUUUUCUAAAAUAGUGAAUUUCUGUAAAUUAAUGUUCAAAGAUCUUUCGGUAGCUACGAUUUAUUCACUCGACAUAUAAUUCUACGAAAGGAUUUCUCGUUGCUUCCGAAGGCAAGUGGUUUCCAUUAUUCUCUCUCUCUCUCUCUCGCUCUCUCUAUUUUUCUCUCAUUCUCUCAUUCUCUCUUUCUUUCCCUUUCACUCUGAUUCUUCCUUUUUCGCAGGGAGCUCCUCGGCUCUAUUUCCUUAGGGGUUCUCAACGAGAUCGUACAACAACAAUUAACACGUUGUUUCGUCCUUUCGCCGUUUGCUCGCCUCGAACACUCGAUAUUAAAUUCUUGCUCGAAUUCCAUCGUCGUGUCGUCGAGAGCUCGCAAACGAUCAAAGGCGAAUCGACGGCAUAAUUAAUGCCGACAAUAAUAAUAAUAAUAGUAAUAAUUAAUAAUGAGCGUAGGCGUAAAACGGCUUAUAACGUGUUGCAACGAUUUUACAAUUCCGAACGGCCAAUUUUCGGCCGUUUCUCGCUCUUCUGUACAAUAGGAAUUAUACAUAGAAGACGGAAGAUAAAGCUUGAUUCGCUGAUAGUAGAAGAAAGGAGGCAGCCAGGAUCGAUACUUUCGCAUAAUGGGAUAUAACGUUGCUUCUUCGUGCUCGCUGAAUCCACCCGUUUCGAGGGCUAUCUCUUAGACGGUUCUUGAAAAAGAUUCUCUCCGGGAGAGAUACAUCUUAAGGAGAAUCAUCGUGCGGCUUAUAGAAACGACUUUGUUUGGGGUGAAACAGCGGAGAAUAAAAGUGAAAAACUUUCUCGUCGUUGCCGGAAAGAAACGAUUAUUCGUCUAAAUAUCGGGACAGGGCUAUUUGUAACAAUUUCGAUUACACGUCGACUAUUUUUAACCUAAACGACGGAAUUCAAUUAUAAACAACAGCAGCACGCUACAGAACAGUGACAUAGGUUACUAUAGUAAACCGUACUUGUACGUUACUACAGUAGUCCAUGCGAUACUACAGUGAUACAGGUUACUAUAAUAUACUGUAGUUACUCCAUAUUACUAUAGUAGUUUGCGCGUUACCAAUAGCAACCUUUACAAAUAGUAACCAUUCUAUCAUAAUUUAUACUAGACGAGUCUACGCGUUACUAUAGUAAUAUAGAUCGUUAUGGUUAACGUGCUCUUAUACCGUAGUAAUAUCGUACUAUAAUAAUCGUUUUACCGUGAGCAAUCAUUCUAUGUUACUAGGAUAGUUAAUGUACUACUCUACUGUAGUAAUACAGAUUAUCAUAGUAGUUGCGCUAUUAAGAUACUCUAUAUUACUAUAGCAGCGUAUACAUUGUUAUACUACAGUAUAGUAGUUACCAUACACUACCAUACUACGCAGUAUAAGUGAUUGUAGUAGUCAUCCUACUAUGGUAGUCCCUUCACGUUUAAUAUAAAUACUCCCAUUACCAGUUAAUACGCUACUAUACUACAGCAGUACAGCGCUAUACCGCUAUGUCAUAGUAGCCUCUACGUUUCUAUACUACAGAGGGUGUGUCACUAUAGCAUUCUGCUACAGUAGCUAUUUUACGGUAGCUGUUCUGCCAUCAAGCGUACUGCUGUAUUACAAUUAACCAGAAAAUGAUAAAACAGUCAGUUGGUCAGAAAUAUUACGGAUUAAAAUAAAGGAAAUUCUUUUCCGGAGGUAUAUCGUCGAUCGCACAGUUAUACGAUAAGUAUCGACCUUGCUGCCAUGACGAGGCUGUCACUAGGUUAGUCAAACAGUGUCUCUCGAUUCGGCUGAUAUAGAAUCGGGCGAACGUAAACGUAAUCGCAUUUCGUUGUACCGUGAGAAUGUCUCGGUUAAUGGAGCUUUCCGUGUGACGGAUGGAAACGUUACAACAGAAUUCUGGAAUUUGAUCGAAGGGUAGCUGGCACGGGGAGGGGAACGAACAAAAACUAGGAGCAGCGAGGAGCAGAGUGAUCGUCCGAACAGAUUUAACCCAUUUAUAUCGAGAAAUGAAAUAUUUCUUGUCCAACCUGCGUCACGAAAUAAAAACUGUUCUACGUAUGUUAUUCGUAGGAUAAUCUAUUGAAGAGUACGUUCGUGUAUAACGCGUAAAUAACAUAGCGUAAGGAUUUGUGCCAACGUAAAUGGCCGUUCAAAGUUUCGCGUUAGUUCGUGGAAUCUGUGAAAAUAGAUUGCUCUCACUGGGAAUAAUCGAGGUAAAAGAAAAUGUACGCCAUAUUUCAUUUAUCGAUGCAAAUGGGUCAAUAACGAGCCGAAGCAGCAUCCUGAUAAAUUGAUUGGAUUGGUUGAAGUAGACGAGAGACUAGAAAAACUGGAUAAAAGGACGACGAAGAUAGAGCGAAAAGAACAGCUGGAUAUCCGUGAAGCAUCGAGCUCACGGAUGCUAUUCCCACUUUUUGUUCGUUGAUUAACACGUUCGCUGUUAUAGAGAUCAUUUAGUAAUCGCCACAAAAAUGGAGGGACUAUAGCUGCUUCUCUUUCACUUGCGAGCAUUUAGAUAAACUAUGUUCAAAUAACAAAUCUGUUACCUUUUGGAAUAAUUGUAUGUAUUACUAACAAUGUGCUUCGUUAUUCUACUUUUCUUCGAAGAAAUAAAAUUAUAGAAAAUAGAAUGGCGGUCAACGUGUUAAUCUGAACAUUCUUAUCUUGUCAUUCGCCGUUGCUUUGAACUUCUCGGUUUAUCUUCGCUAUGGCUUAAGAUCUAUCGGAAUUCUUACGCGCUAAUGGGACCAUGGUGUCCACCGUGGAUCUUAGCAAUCGAUCGAACAGCGAGAAUAUUCGAGGCCUCUGAACGACCUGCGAGGAAACGGUCAACAAAACGACGAAUUCUCGUGUCGUCGACGAGAAACGAGGAAAAGUUUCAACUUUUUAAUAAUAAUUAGUAUUGUAAUUCCUAAAUUUUGCUGUGUGGACUAAUAAAAGAUACGUUAUGUUUUGUUGCGUCUAAGUUGCACCCUUGUUUUAAAAAGCGACGUACACAUACGUCCUCGGAUAAUCGUUCAUUAAAGCUUAACAAAGAGUAAUAAAAAAGCUAUUUAUAAAAUUUAACGUUUCGAUUUCCUGUUAUCGAGUAAGGAGUUAGGAAUUUGAGGAUUGAAAGUGGACAAGAUUUCGAAAGGUUUUCCUACGAACUUCUGGUCGACGACACGCGUAACUUCACUAAAAUCAGCAACCAUCAUCAUCUAUUUACAGUAGAACUAUUUAUAUAUGUAUAUAUUAUGUAUAUAUAUACUCUACAGUCAUUCUAAUCAUCAGACAGACGUUCCUGACGGCAAAGGAGGAAGAAGGUUUUACAAUUCUCUCGUUAUAACGUUCGAGAUAUUAAGGUAUCUAUCAUUAAAACGUUAGGCAAUAACGCAACAAUACAUAUACAUAUAUAUAUGUACACGUGUGUAUUACAUGUCUACUGGCGAGCGAGUUUACUUGUGUAUGUUUCUCUUACGAUACAAAACCCGGAUUUCAAUGUGCAUCGUUCGUCUCUUUCGUCGUGCGAGUGGCGCCUUCAAAAGGCCAUCCACCUCCUUCCCGAACAAACCUCCCUUUUUUAUUCUUUCCCUCUUUUCUAUCUACUUUACAAAGUUUCGCUAUAUCUUACAGUGUAACUUUAGUUCACGAAAUGUUUCCAGAAAACGCAACGACCACCCCCGUCGCCCGGCCGCCCUUCUCGCAUUAUUUAUCGUGUCACGAGAAGGGGAACCGAGCUGAAACGUUGUUUUCUGUCGGUGGGCGGGGGCGGGACACGCGAGAUUAUCGUUCCCGACUAACGCGAGACGUCGAAAUGGUCCUAUAGAGUUUAGCUCUGUCUACGAGUGUCGUGUAAGUCGUUAGAGCUGUGAUUCGAGACAAAGAUUCAACGAUAGAUCAACGAGUAAAGAGUAGGAGUGCGCAACUAGCGUCGUGUCAAGCGGUUAACGGUACAUAUUCGGACAAUAAUCCACCACCGGAGUAUUGGCAUACCUCUUUGAUAGGGAACGCGUGGUUUUUUCUAGCCGAGGGGGCGUGGAUUACGUCCGCGAAGGCGUGGUUUGUGCCUCUAAGGGCGUAGACCACGCGCAUGGAGGUGGAGAUUAUCCCCACUUUCGUUCGCGAAGGCGUAACCCACCCGUCUGGAGCGCGAACUGUCCCUACAAAGGCGUGGUAUACGCUUGCGAAGGCGUGAUCUACCAGUGAAGAGGUGUGGCAUACGCCCUCGGAGGCGUGGUUUAAGCGUCCGUAUAGAAAACGCGAAAUAUUACUUCUCUAAAUGGUAAAUCGUAUACCUGCAGUACCGCUUGGAGAAAUAAUACCGCGGAUGUUCAGCUGAGGCAACUAGUUGCGCAGACCCGGAAUAAAGCAUGUAUAUAGGUAUAGAUAGAAGUACAUCGUUACAUUUGACGCGUUAUAGUUCGAGAUAGAGAGACAAAGUGUAUAUACGUGAAGGGAUUGUUGGAAAAAUCGAAUAGAAACCUCGAUAAGUUUGAUUAGGUUAUAUUUACAGAGAAACAUGGCCAACCCCCCUAGAUGGAUCUUGAAGACGACAAUUUAGAAGAGUGAUUUAUCAGACCAGCUGGUAAAAGGAAUGUUUCACGUUGCCCGUCUUCCUUAAAACUGUGAUCGGUUUAAGUGUCUAAAUGCUGAUUAUCUUUGGUCCAGAUCGAAGGUUCUCCGUAGAACGUUGGUCGUUUCGCGUACAAAGUUGACUAAUCAACGGACGAAAGUCGAAACUAUAGAGAACAAACGUUUUGCAUUGAUAAGAUGAUUCUUCGUUUCUGUUUUGUUCUUUUUUCUCUGCUAAUUGGUUAUCAACUAUAUGACUCUGUCGUUCGUCGACUGGUCCUUACUGUGCGUAUAACCGUGAUGCAGAUACUUUUGCGUAAUAUCGAACUUAUUUAAACUCUUGUACACGAGAGCAGGUGCUACCUCAACGCGUUCGAGACCGAAGACGCACCCUGUGCGUCCGUUAAUUCAACGAAACCGAAGUUGGGACAAGAAACUAGAAGUCUAAGCGUUAUGAUCGCUAUUGGUAAUACAUUUCACUGUUCCUAGAUCGUUUUAUAGCAAGAUUUCGGUCUCGAGCAGGUUAAAGACGAACACAUGGAUCUUCUCCGUUUUGAAAAUUACGGUGAAAGAUAAUACUUAAGGUAAUUAAGUUAAUCGGUAAUAACAAUGGAUAUUAAGUCAGACUAUCAAUUUUUUACGAGUCGAAUAAUAAUACACGAUUGAUAUUUAGUUGAUUGUUCUUAAGAAUCAACCGAACACUAUUUGAACGACGUCACUUAAAGAUACGAGUACUAAAUCGCGAAUAAAUAUUUUAUCGUAAGAACGUAAUAAUUGGUCGGCAAUAGAUCAAAACGAUGACAGGGACGGAUAUGUUCCACCCUUCGAAUAAUCUCGUUCCUUGAAUUCCUUUGGAAUAGCCCCGCCCCUCGGAUUCGCCACUCCCACCCGAUCCGCCCCUGAACGACGAUCCUAUUUUUUCAAGUCUUUUUCACGAAAGUUUCGUCACUUUCGAAGAAUCUGCAUCUAUCGUACAUGAUCGUACGAUUGGUUCUGUUUCUAAUUACCAAUUAAAUCCUACGACUUUAUACAUAACCUACAAAUGCCAAUUCUAAACUAAAACUGUCUCUCUGUUUUCCCUAAUUCUCUGAAUCUAGUCAAUUAAUUACUUUUUUAUCCCGAUCGUUAGCGUAUAUAGAAAAUACAAAAAACGUAGAAAUACAAUUGGUAUCCGACUACUCGAUUUAAUCAACCUACGCGAACAUACUUGCGAUACGUUUCUGAUUGCUCUAAUUCGUAUAAAUUUGGCGGGAGUUUAAUCGAUCAUUUCGAUUGACUGAAAGGCAUUCCAUCGAAGUUAACCCCUCGAACGCAAAUAAUUCGAACGUCACGUUUGGGAAUGAUUUCCUGCUAAUUUGGGUAAACAAAUUGCAGACCGAUUUUGCAAUUCGCCCGUUUAUUAUUAGAUGGGAUUAAACGCGACCGAUCUGGGUCACUGACGGCGCGAACUACAUUUCAUUUUCCUGCGGAUAUUUUAUUCUUUACCGGAAAAAGUUUUUUUUUUAUUAUCGGUGAACUUAAAACGACAUAAACGACCCAGUUUACUUACGCGCGGUUCAAAAAUGAAAAAAGGAUUCCGAAGUUAGCUAUUAAUUUCGAGGGAAUGUGAAAACCGUUAAUUGCCCUCCAAUACCUUUUUUAAUUUUAACAGCGUUGACUGCAAGUAGAAUUUAAUCGAUUGAUUAAAAGUUGAAGGGAGAAGAUUUUAAAGGUUGUUAGCGAUUAUAAUUUUGAAUAACUAGCAGUGUCUGAGAUAACUAAAGACUUCGACGUGUCUGACCGCGUACGUCCAUUUCCACUGUGAGGGUCAACCAGACGGACGUGUAUCUUAUUGGACAUGAUUGUUUCCAUUUUGUCAGUCGGUGUUAAGAAAAUUCAGUGAAUCUUUUAACACAAUGCGUGUCCGAUUAUUGAUAAGGGACGGGGUUGGCCACGUGGAACGAUAUCCUUACAUUCGAACGAAAGGGACGUUCGUUAACCCUUCCACGAGCUUAACAUUUUGUUUCAAUUUAACAACGAACGAUUAUCGAUACUUUUUAACGAUAAAAAUAUACCUACGUUAUUAUAAAUGCAGUGUAAAUAGAGAGAAGAGAUUAUUCAGCGUUCGAACGAAACGGGGCUUGAAAGGGUUAAAGAGCAUCUCUCGUCGGUUUAAUUCUACCUUAAUUAACGAUAAGCGAAUUCGACCGAUUAAAUGGAAGCCUCGAGUGCCAGAAAGUAUCACAAUUUUCAUUACUUUCAAUACCACGAGAUUUCGUUUCGCGAUCGAUCGCGAAACACACAUUUGCUAAUUGAUUUCUCUAAUCAACUCUUAAUCGGCUAUUGAACAGUUAGAGUAGCGAAAAGUGAACAGGUUAGUGCCAAAAUAGUUUCGGUUGUUGUUUCAAACUCGUGAUGCUUAUUUUCAAGCAAACUUUUAUCCGACUAUGUGCUAUCUGUUCUAAUUAAUCAUUCAGUCGAACGACCAGUCAACUCUUUAGUCGACGUUUUUGUCAAACGAUUAACCUAUUUAACGAUUAAAAACAACAAAUCGGCACUUCGAACAGUCCGUUUAAUCCGUCAUGCCCUAAUUCUAUUAUGACCAGUGAACAGUAUUUAUCCGCGAACUGUCAUGAGAACACGCGAAUCCUUCGGAAAGAAAAGUCUCUCGUAAAAAGGCGAACCGCGAAAAGCCUAGUCCACACCCGAUUCGCGAUAUUUAUCAAACAAGCAUUUGCUCGAACUAACAGGACAACAGAAACAUUUGCUGGAAUAUGGGUGCGUCCGUUUUAAAAACCUAUGGUUUCCGAUAAAAAAUGAAAACCAGAUCGUUUAACUCUACGGCGAAGGCACCAAAGUACCGGUGUGGAUUAGCUUGAAUUUUUGACCGGGAACAAAACACGUCCGCUAUCGUAACGAACGAUUUACAAGGAGAAGAUAAAAGGAAACGAAAAAGAUCCGGAUGAAAAGACAAAAUGAAAGGAAUAGUGGCUUUUAAAACGACUUUUCCGCGAAUAAAACGAACGCGAUUCGAUUCGUGGCAUAAACAUGCAGCGGUUGAAUUGGUUUUGUUGCAGGUCCGCUUGAUAGCAUAGAAUUGAAAGGACUUGCUCGUUGGAUGAAGAGUAAUUGGAAUAAAUGCACGAAGAAGAGGGAUCGCCCGUUUCCAUAAAUUCUCGUCGAUAAUGCUCGCUGGACGAUUCGAUCUGCGAGGAAAGACAUUUUCCUACUCGGAUCCAGAGACCAGUUCCGAUUCGGAAGAGGACGCCCUUCGCCGAUUGAACUCGCAUUCUCAUCCACCGCCGGACACUCUCACUAUCCAAGCGGAGGAUGGACCAACCAUCCUGGACGCAGGUACCACCUCCAGCAGCUGCACAGAGGAGCAUUCGCCGAGCGAUCAACAGCAGUGCGUGGUAGAAGUCGGAGCUUCGAGUAUUUUACUCGACGCCAGGGAACAGGAGGUAGAAGUCGAGCAAAAUGGACCCACGACCAACGACGUUAUCGCAACGAUGGGCACCGUCACGGAGGAAGUGGGUAGCCUGGAGGUCGCAUUCUUAUACGACGCACCUAUGCGCGAGAUGACUGUGCACGUGUUACAAGGACGAAAUUAUCCGGAAGGCAUAGGCGGUAGUCAAGUACGACUGGUACUCUUGCCAUCGAAAAAGCAACGACGUAAGACGCGGGUACGUCAGGGUACCUGUCCACAAUACAUGGAGAGUUUCCUGUUACCGCGUGUCAAUCCGGAAGACGUGAACGCCAUGGGUGUACGCUUGAGAGUGUAUCUAUGGGGCGGAAGAAUGCGUCGAGAGAGACUGCUCGGCGAAGCCAGAGUUUCCUUCGAUCAAAUCAAUCUUCAACUCGAGACGACGCUUUGGUUGACGCUACAACCGCCACCCUCUUCAUCGGUACAAGAUUGGGGAACAACUAGCAGUCUGACCCGCAGCGAUUCCACGGGGUCACAGCAGUCCGUUCAAUCGUACGCGUCACCUACGGUACCUCCUUACGGUAGCAGCAUGAAGGGUGGAAGCGUGGCGGAGAUUUUGAUUGGAUUGGCAUAUAACGGCACGACCGGACGUUUGUCGGUAGAAAUAAUCAAAGGAUCACACUUUCGAGGAGGUGGAGGAAACGACACGAAACCACCCGACACUUAUGUUAAGCUCGCCCUCGUGGACAGCAACGAUCACGAAAUGGGACGAUCGAAGACUGGUUUGAAGCGUGCUCAGCCCAAUCCUCUUUACAAGGAAACGUUCAUGUUCCAGGUUGCUCUGUUCCAACUUGGAGACGUGACGUUGUUCCUGUCGGUGUACAAUCGACGAAGAGGAGGAAUGGGAAGGAAGGGAAGAGAGAUGAUCGGUUGGCUGAGCUUGGGAUUAAACAGCUCCGGUUCGGAGGAGCUUCAGCAUUGGAACGAUAUGCGUGCCGCGAGACAACCGACGCAAGUUCAACGCUGGCACACGUUGCUACGCCCUUGAGACAACCGAUCAUGAACGAGUUCCUGUUACGGAGAAACAUUUUUACGUGUUUAACGAUUUACGAGUAUAUACGGUUCGAUCGAUAGAAAGAAAGAGGCCGCGGGCCGUGAAUACGCAUGGUUGAGAUCGGAUCAGGAUACAUCUCGAGGAGGAACGGCGAGCUUCCAUCGAAUCGCCGUCGUGUACUGCCCGAAAAACCGAAUAUACAGAAGUCAAUAAUGUCGGUCUGUCGAACCUGCGAGAAUCAGACGAUGCUGUCAUAAUUUUUUAAAAAGCACCUGUGCUAAAACUCUGAGUUCAAAACUCUUAUCGAUGUACCAAGUACACUCCUUUUUGAUACGCCGGACGGAGUUGAGGGUGUUUUCAGCAUACAUAUUACGUAUGUAUAUUAAAACAACAUAAUGCAACAAGAAACAAAGAGUACACACUUAUUCUAUACACGUGUAUACACGCACAUGUACACAUAGGACACAUAUACACAUUUCGUCGGUCCCAAAAAAAGUCGAAUUCGCACAUUAGCAGGCGGACCGCGAAACCAACUCCGACUCGAUAUGUGCCUGAGCCAACUUUAAUCGUUUAUUUUUUACUUUGUGCCUUUCACCCUUUCUAGGCCGCGUGUCCGUCGACGGAGAAUCGUCGUGGGAUAACCGGAGUCGAGUCGAGAGCCCCGUUACGAAUCCUCUAAGUCGUUCACCUUUGGACGAGCUAACUAUAAGCGAACCUAUAACCUCUCGACUCCGCGACACUUUUCAACGGAUAUUCGAUUCGCAACGGUUGCUCGUACGUACGUAUGCCAUGUAUGAGCCGUAUACGACGAAUCUUGUUGUUCCGAGCACAUGGUUCGAGAAUGGAUUGACGCGCAACCGUCAGAGGUUUAUCCCUUGUUCGUGGAUGUUUCUCGAGCACGGUGCCGAUCAGUGAGAAUGUUUCGAGUGGAACGCGAGGCUGUGAAACUCUUCUGUAAAUCUUUGCUUUUUCUUUUCAUUGCACGCGACGCGUUAUUUUCGUACGGUCACUUUCUUCGAUGAUACAGUACUGCCUUUCUGUAUGGCUGGGGUUCGUUGCUAGGUUCGACCAGGGACCCGCGAAAAGUUGCUUCGAAUCGCGGCUCGGGAUCGGAAACGGUUCAGUUUCGAAGCAGGUAGCUGUCCUUGCAUUUGGAUUCGACGAUGUCGUCCAAUCAUAACUUUCUUCGUUUUCGAUUCUACAGAAUGACCAUAACAAAUAGCACGAGAUAGAGAUGGAAGUAUCGUAGGCUUUAGACGAUCUCGACGAUCGCGCGUUACUUAGGGAAAUGGAAAUUUUACCAUCAGAAGAGGCAAUAACGUUUUACUGUCGUAGAAUAUUUCAGAAGCGGGGUUUUGUCGAUUCCGGAGGCAGUGUUACGUUACUACUAGCUUCUGUUGAAUACUAGGUAUCUAGCAAAAGUACACGUUUGCCACGUAGGGAGGCAAUAUUUAUUUCCGUCUUGAUAGAAUAUCGAGAAUUAAUGGGCAUGUCACUCGGUCUUUUACAACUCCUCGUGAAAUAUCGAAAACUUGGAGGGGAUGACCACUUGCCACACAGGGAGACAAUACUAUAUUAUCGGGUUGAUCGAAGAAACGAAACGAGUGACGAUACGAAGUUGAGUACGUGCCGGGGAGGAUGACUUGUCGCUUAGGAAGACUGCAGACCUAAUACGGGAAUGACGAUUUGUCUUUCAGAAACGUUGUAAAGGGACCUGGUGGGAAUAACGACUUAUCACUUAGGAAGAUAGUAUCAGGGAUUUGGUAGGGACGACGACAGGUUACUUAGGAAGCCAUAAUUGGAAACGAUUACUGGAAACGACUCGUAAGCUAGAAAGACAAUAUUAGGGACCUGGUGGGGAUAACGACUUGUCGCUUAAGCUAACGAAGCUACAUGAAUAAACUGUAUUCAGAAAAUGGCGGGAACUUGACGACGAUAAAGACUUGUCAUUUAAAAGGAUAGAAACCUUACCCACUUAGAGUGACAAUACUGUAUCAACUAGAGGGUUCGAUAAAGCAUUUCAUCGAAGAUCCUAGAUUUCCUUAGAUCAUCGUUGCUAUCAUCGCAUAGACGCAACGCUUCAACGGUUAUCACCUCGUGUCUUGAAUGUUCGCGCGUGCACGAUAUCGGCUGAUCUCGAGGGGUUAAACGGUGAAACGACGAAUGGCGAAAACGAGGAACGUAUACGAGGAUAGAUUCACAAUUCAAUGACGCACAAUAAACUCGCAGAAAAAAAAGUAAACGCACCCCGUAAACGCAGAUGUGAUCGUAGAGUUGAUAUUAACUUAAAAUACUAACAUUUAGGAUGCAUACACUCGAUCACGAGGUUACACGAUAGAGAUAGAGAGACGUAAUCACCUUGAACGCGUUUCUAAUUAGAAGGGAAUUGGUUACCGGGCGAAGCGGACGACUGAUCAACGGACAAACAGAUGCUGUGAAUCGUAAACGCUUGACUUUUUCAAGCUUUAGCGUUUUAGGUAAUUUCAAACGACGAUUAAUCCAUGCUCGAACUAUUCUCACGUUUACGUACGUAGACACAUUGUGUAACGCGAUUGCAAGGGCUCAGAAGUUCCCACAUUUUUCGGUACGUGUACGUAUGAAAUCGUCCCUUGUUCACGUGCAAGCAGGACCGCCGAUAGAAUUUACGGGAUCCGGGACAAAAAUCGAACAUUCGAUUACGGGAAUUUACGCGUUUAGAGUUUUUGACGUUGCGUCGGAUUAGAAAAUCUAGCCUAAGCGUAAUCCAAAGCCAAUCGAAACUCGACUUAUGCAACCGUAGUUAUAGUUUUCGCCUGGUCAGCGUCUAGAUCCUAGAAUCGUAUUUCGUUGACCGAGAACAAAAAUAAUACCAAGCGGUUUAUUUCAUUUUUACAAACUACGAAUAUGUUAAAUGCGAAGUCCUCUAACGUUGACACACGGCAGCGAAGUGCUCCCGCUAACGGCGGUGUUGCGUGCUAACGUUCUUUUUACGAUAAGACGCUCUCUUCUUAACACAAUCUCAACGACAAACGCCUUUUUCGAUUAUAGAAUACGUCGCCAAUAAUAAAUACUCGAUAAAUCGUAGCCUCGUUGCGUUAGUUCAAGAGAUUUUGAAAGACGCUCCGCGAGAACGAGAAAAAGUGUGUAUUAGGAACAUAUGUACGGAUAGAUCGAUGUGAUGGGUAUCCGAGUUUUGGAUAGGGUUCGGAGAAAAUCGGAUAACAGGCCAAAAGUUAAGGGUAAACUCUUCUAAAUCGCGAGUGAUUUUAAAGGAUACCCAGCACACCUCUGCCUUACAAGUUUCUCCCGAUUUCUCUCGAUCCGAGUUCCUAAUCUCGAAUAUCCACGCAUCGCUAGCGCGUAUGCGUUCGCAUAAUUCUACUUUUGGUAAAUUUUAAAUCCGUAGCAUCUUACCUAGCAUUUUAUUAGGAUACUUUCGACUUCUGAGUCCUGGUAACAUAAUUAUAUAUUGUACAGUCUGUUUAUAAACAACACGAUGUCGAAAUAGGGAUUCGAGAAAAUGUUUGUUACGAAAAAAAAAACGCGUAUGUUAGUGUUCUCGUGGAUUGAUCGAUCGCACGCGAUUACCAACAGGAUCAGAAAGUUUUUCGAAGUAUUUACGAUAAUUAAUUAACGAGUAGGGCUUUUUUCAGGGUAAUUUCUACGCCUUUGACUGUUUUCAAUUUGUUACGAUAUAGUUGUAAUUAUAUCGAGGUAUAUCGAAGCAUACGACCGGCUUUUUCUUGCGGAACGUGAACGAAGAAUUGUUGAUCGAGAAAACGCUUGAAAUAUCUGAUGAUGGCGAAAAGAAUGCGUGGAACGAUUACAUUCUUCAUUUUUGUUAUUAUCUGUUAGGUUGUUGUAGAUCAAAUGGCUGAUUUCUUCACAAAAUCUGCAUUUAGUAAUGUUGUAUUGUGUACUCGGUUCACUAGACUAUUGUAUAGUUUGGUUCACGUAGUUAUAUUAAAACACUGAUAGAUUUUAUUAGAAAGUAUUUUCAUUAAAAUCUUACUUUUCGAGUAUUUCACUUCGAUACAUGUUUAGGUGUAAUCUAUAAUCAGUCAUUUUUUAUUAAGAAUAUUAAUGUAACGUUUAUAUAGUUGUUUUCAUUCAAUUUUAAGCUUCAAAUCGAUGUACUGUAAAUGCUUUUUUGCCUAUCAGUUAUUUGAUACGCAACAGCUUAAUUGUAUAGGAUUUGGCAAGUAUGAAUGUAUACAGCGAAGAUAUUCGUAAUUCUUAUUCUCCGAUGUUCUAUUCUAUUGUGUCGCUUUCUCGAGUGUUCGGUGCUUACACUGUCAAUGAGAAAAAUGAAAAAAAAAGAGGAACAAACAAAGAAACAAAAAAAGUAAGGAUCGCGAGGAUUAUAAACAGACUACCGUUGGAUUUUUAUCUAUAUUUUAUCUACAGCACUCUUUCUCGAAUAAGUAUUAAUUGAAGUUUGAACGUCUACUGCACAAAAUAAUUACCUUAAUCAAUGUUAUUACUUAUAAAUUAAUAAUGAUAAUUAUUAUUAUAUCUGUCGCGUUUUAUAAAAGUGUACUCUAAUACAAUUAAACAAAUAAACUUACAAAUAGUUGUUAUCGAAGGCAAAGAAAAAAAAAGUGAAAAA